AUGAAUUUGAUAUACCCCUUUUUGUUUAUUAGCUCAAUCGUUUGCGAAGGCAUAUUACAAAUGGAAAUACUUGGUGAUGAAAACACUUAAAGUAAUUCAAAUAAAAUUACAUUAUUACUUGGAACUCCACCUGUUAGCUAGUAAAUAUUAGCCUAGUUUGAUUUGUCAGACUCUUCAGAUCUUGGACAGUUUAUUAUAGACUCUAGCAUAUAGGCAAACGAUCCAGAGUUUUAUGAAAACUAAGUAUAACCUUAUGGGCUCACGUUGUAUAAUAUGCACUCAAGUUCUACAGCUUAAAUUGGAGAAAGCUAUUAAUCUAAUACUGUUUAUGGUGGAUAUUUUGUUGGAAACAUUGUUUAAGAUGUUAUAAAAAUAGGAGAUAAAUAAUUUAAAUACUCAUUUCCUUGUGUUGUAAAUGAUCCUUCAAGAUUACCAUUCUCAUUUUUAAAUGGGAGAGUACUCUUUAAUAGAAAGGAUAAAAAUUAUUUUGAUUAUAUGAAGGAGCAAGACAUAAUUUAAAGCAGUGAUUAUUUGUUGUAAAAAACCUAACAGCAAAAAUAAAAAAUUGAUAUAGUCUACGACUUAGACAGAAAUAAUAAUCCAAUUUUUAACUCUCCUGAAGAUUCUUUGGUAGGUAGUAACUUAUUUAAUCUCAAAAUAUAUGGAGUGUAUGCAAAUAAUUAAGAUAUUACUGAUAAAUUAAAACAUAGAAUAGUCAACUUUGAUCCUGUUGAUAUAUCUACAAAUUACUUGUACGUCCCUUAAGAGAUUUAUUAAAUGUAUUUUUAAAGUAUAUUUCAAUAUGAUUUUUCAAAAUGUGAAAAUUGCAAAUGUUAGAUUACAGAAAAUUUACCUACCUUUAAAUUGGUUUCACAAGAGUAUAUAUUUGAUAUUACCCCAAGUAUGUAUACUUACUAUUAAACAUAAUAAACACCUGAUGGAAAAAUAUAUGGUUAAUGUUAAAUAAAUGUAAUGAAUUAUGGUUAUUACAAUUUUGCUUCUUAAUUAUUAAAAUAUGCCAAUGCCAAAAUAUUAUUUUCAAAAGAAAAUAAUUCACUAAGAAUUAAUGGAAUUAAAACAGUUUAACACCUGAAUUUGAAAUCCCUUAUUGUUAUAUUCUCUUCCUUUAACUCUGUAGUUUUUACAUUUUUAGUGUUUACUGCUUUUUAUUUAAUUAAUAAAUAAAAAUAAUUGAAAGGAGAAGUGUCAAUCAGAUAUAAUGCUAAAUAUAAAACGCUAUGA